AUGUCGUCGCCGAGAUCCCCGAGGCUGACUAAGCGGACGGUGGCUGAAGCCUUUCACCAGCGGUCGGCGGGCCUUCACGCAACCACUUACAAAUUAUUACCUUGGGAUUUACCGCUCGGUGUACUUUAUAUAGUUCCGAAGGCUGAAUAUCCGGCUGAAGAGGCAUAA